UUCAAUUGGAAGUAAUUCCACAAAACGACAGGGUAUUUGGUUAUUCAACUUAGCCAUACAUUCAUUAUCUGAAAACAGCAGACAAUCUUCUCGCUCAGACUGGUUCAUCUUCUCUAGUAAAACCAUGAACUCACUAAUCUCAUCCUCUUUUUGUAAUCAUGGCAUUUCAAAAUUAGCAUUAACAAACACAAUCUUCGGAUACAGACACAGUUCAUGCAAAAACUCAAAUUUAUCUAUCAAAAUAAGAGCCAAUGCAAAUGAAGUAGAUACACAGAUAACAGACGAAUCAUCACAACAAGAACUAAAACCAGUAGAACCAAUUACUGCCCCUGCACUUGACAUCGAAAAAGACCUCAAAAAGGCUGUUCAAAAAACUGCAGCAACUUUUGCGCCGAGGGCUUCUACAGCUUCCAGAAAUCCUGCAGUACCAGGGUCGACGUUGUACACAGUUUUCGAGGUUCAGGGCUAUGUCUCAAUGUUGGUAGGCGGGGCUCUUUCUUUCAAUCUCAUUUUUCCAUCAAAUGAGCCUGAUUUAUGGAGAUUAAUGGGGAUGUGGUCAAUCUGGAUGUUCACAAUUCCAUCGUUGCGAGCUAGAGACUGCUCCAAGAAUGAGAAAGAGGCGCUUAACUAUCUGUUUCUUCUCGUUCCUCUGCUAAAUGUUACAAUUCCAUUCUUUUUGAAGUCCUUUGCGGUUGUAUGGUCUGCAGAUACUGUAGCAUUCUUUGCAAUGUAUGCAUGGAAGAUGGGAUGGCUACAGAAAACAGAGUAGAAAUCAAUAUCACUACUUCUGCUUCUCUAAGUGAUAGAACUGCGAUGGUAAUAAUCUAUAUAUGUUGCACGGAAGCUUCUCAAAUACUACAUUUCGGCAUUUUAUUUCCAUUUCAGGAAAAACUUUUAAAAUUCCGAAACUCUAUACCGAUAACUUAUUCUUGUAAAGAAUUAUUAUUUCAGUAUUUUAUUUUCGUGCUACAUUUCAACCGACUGUGCUACAUAAUGUCUUGCAGUCUCGGACGCAGUGGAAGUUAAUAUACUGGGAUGGAUAAGAUGUACACAGACUCACAGAGUAUUAGGUUUACUGUAAUUUGAAAAACAAAAUACUGAUUUUGCUGCUGUAAGCAAGGCCUGUGUUUUUCCAGGCAAUAGAAAGUGUUGUUAUUUACA